GUCGUGAAUGGAGUACCGACCAUACGAACGUGAACGUGGCUUCGUGCCGCACACAAGUCGCUCCCGUAGUCAAGCUUGACGGGAGGAGGAUCGUUCGAAAGAAUAGCCACGUUACCGCGAGUACGGUUUGCUAUUCCGCGCUAGCGAAAUAGCUCCGUGCAGACUGUCUGUUUUCUUCAGGGCCCAAAGCUGAGAUGCAAUAUUUAUUCAUCAUAAAUUGCUCAAGAAUUAAAUAAUCUACAGUAUAAUAUAUAUUGUGAUACAAUUAUUAUCAGCGGUGUAACACCAACCUUCCUUUCGUUUUGGUCGAGCAAUAGUUUCCCGUGGUCUCUCUUUUGCGUCUCUUGCUCAGAAUUGCUGGCUGACCUUUCGAAAUAUACAUCGUUGGACGGUACGAGGGUGUGAGGGGAAGAAAGGGGCCACACUAGAAUAAAGUAUAAUCCCUAUUGGCAUGGAGCUAGGAGCGCACUGAUAGUGAUAAUCUAUGAGAUCUUGGUUUCUAUGCAUUGCCUGCCAAAGAAGAACUGAGCCCAAUGUUUCCACACAAUUUUAGUUCACAUGAGAUUUCUACUAAAACAAAUGCCUUCGUACAAAAUUCCAAGGGGGAUGUAGUAGUAUUAGAGGAAAGCAGUCUGAGUGGGGCGCGGGAAGGGGAACGACCAGAGCAUGCUAGGUACUGUGAUAUCAAAUUCAUAAACAGCAGCAUGAAGGCAGCACCUACCAGCCACCCCAAAGCUACCGUCGCCAAUGACUUUAUAACCGUCCUGCCACGCCAAUUUGGUGAGCUCAGCUUUGCCGUUGGAGGUGAGGCCUGCCAGUCAGUGGCAACAGAAACCACAAAAAAUUCAACAACAAAUCACCUUCUAACCUACGAUAAUAACGAUAAUAUUAUUAUUAAUAAUAAUUAUAAUCACAACAAUGCAGAACAUAAUCAUCACAAGUACAGAAAGCAAAAUACAACACGAGGCUCGCUUGGUCAGCUGGGCAGCUCCGCUGAUAAGUCUAAGUUUAUGUCUAAGCCGUUAAGUGAUAAUAAGGAUAGCUUUAGCAAUGUAAGCGUUAGGGUACUAAAAUUAAGUCUACAUAUAAAGGAUAAAAUGUGCGAUGCGCGCCGUCCUGCUGGGGUAGCUAGCCUAGUUAGGAUACCCAAGUCUGAUCGUCCCCAGCGGCAGCCGUGUCUCGCCAAUAUUGUCGACAAUUACUUCUUACUAGGGUCCCGCCUUAAUCAGGGCGACAACAAUAACCUUAAGGCUAAUCUUAGUCUGAUAAGUAAUAAUAACUCAAAGUCUGUGAUAUUGCUCAGCUCAACCAGCUACGGUGACUAUUAUCUACUUGUGGCCGGAGAUGGGUUUGCUCGUCAACAAGAUCUUAACACCUACAUUAUUUUUGUUGGAAGUAAUAAUGAUAAUGAUAAUUGCAACGGAUUGAAGAAUGUGAAAUUACUAGGUGAUAAGUACUCCCUAGUUACCAUGUGUGAUGAUGGAGAAGUUAUUGGCCAGCUGGUCAGCCUACUGUCUUGGAGUCUUGGAUUUACCAGCAAUCAACUAUUUAUUAUCAUCAUCAACAGUGAUGUGCAUUUUAAUUGGCCCACUUCCCCAGCACUAUUAUUAUCGUUAUUAUCAUCAAGUGCUCAGAAAUUCACGGCGCAGUACAAUGCCUGUUCUUCCAUUACGCUUAUCGUUUCCAAAAACGAAAUUAUCGAUCACACUCUGCAAUUUUUCCUGAUUAAUAAUCUCAUUGAAGAAUUACGAGCAAUAUCUCUUAAUACUACCACUACUAUUAUAACUACUAUUACCACUAUUUCUCAACUAUUUUGGCAUGUCACCGUAAGCAAGCUGAUGCAACGCAUAUGUGUUCCAUUACUGAUUAAGAAUAAGGUUUACGAUAAUUACAACGUUGGUAAUAAUUAUUACUAUUAUUAUUACUAUUAUUAUUAUUAUAUUGAUGACAGUAGAAUUAAUGAUAAGGACAAAAAAGAGAUAAAAAAUAUUAGAUACAACAAUAAUAAUCCAGAUGUUAUCCAAGACAUUGUUAACGUCGCUGUGUGCUACAAGACUAGCUGUGUAAUGACUACUAAUAUUAUUAGUAUGUUAGGGUCUCAAAAUGAUGGUAUUAGCUGUACCGAAGCAACAAUAUUUACUGUUGGUGCUCUUUCAUUUCAGGAUAAUUAUAAGUCUAACAAGCCUCUAAAUAAUAGUUAUAAGAAUUAUAAAUAUCAAGUGUCUACUAAGGUUGGUCAUGAAUCUAACUUUAAUAUUAAGUCUGUAUCUAUGUUUACGCCGAGCGAUAAGUCUAGUGAUAAGUCUGAAGAAACGUCUCAUCAAGCUCGACUUGACGUAAACUACGACGACGAUGGCGUGGAGUGUGUUACAUCGCCUGUCAACAUUCCUACAUUGACUACCUGCGAGCCUAUGAUGACGCUUAAUAGCCAAUCAGCUACCGUCACAUCCCAAACAAACAGUGUACCUGUUUCUCGAGCCAACAUCGAGAUAAAUAAUAACAAUUACUCGAAUGAUAAUACAUUAACGGUACAAUCCGUACUAAUCGCUAAUGAUAAUCAUCAGUGUUCAUCUGAUGAAUCUAUUUUGGACGAUCAUCCUCUGCCGACUAAUGGUCACCAACACCAGCAGUAUCUUAAUUCAAGUCAAUCAGUUAACACAAAAACAAACACGGCAUCAAUGCCAGACACUCGCUCUUGGGAAAAACUGAUAACAUAUGUACGAAUUCUGACUUCAGCUUUCCUCAAGGCUUACAAGAACAACGAGAGUGACUGUGAAAAUCAACGGAAUGAACUUAAAAAGGCCUUGAAUUGUCUCUUUGCUGAGAAGACAUGCGCUUCUCAAUAUUAUCAUCAACAUCAAAAUUAUUAUCAUGAUACUCCUACAUAUAAUGACCCUAUUAUGGAUUACAAACGUCGUUGGGGCAUACCAAUGAUUCUAUCGUUGGCAGGUGGAGGUGAAAGCUCACUUAACAAUGGUGCUAGUUCCAAUUGGGGUUCAGCACCAGCUACAACUCCGAACAACAAUAAUGCUAAUCAAUCUGGAUGGGGUGGAACACCAGGCAACGCACCACCAUCGUCAGCUAAUUGGGGAAAUAAUAACGUUAAUCGCACUGGAAAUCCUAACCAAAACCCAAACCAAGGUCCGCCUAGCAAUCAAGCCAAUUCUGCAAAUACCAACAAAACAAACAACCCAAAUCAAUCAUCUAAUUCACAGUCUGGUCCGCCUGCAUCUCAGCCACCAAAUCAGAAUAAUCAGACCAAUCAAAACAAUACUCAGUGGACUCAAGGAAAAUCAAAUACUUCUGGUCAAAGUCAAAAUCCUUCUGCUUCGAAUAAUAAUGGAAAUACUACAUCACAAACGUCUAAUUCCACUUCAAAUAACAAUUCAGUUAGUAAUACAUCUACCGGAUCAGUAUCAGCUAGUUCACCACCCAGUACUAAUCCUUCAACUAAACAGCAACUUGAACAAUUAAAUACCAUUAGAGAGGCACUUUUCAGUCAAGAUGGAUGGGGCUGUCAGCAUGUAAAUCAAGAUUCUAAUUGGGACGUACCUACAUCACCUGAGCCGAGUAUAUCAAAAGAUGGUGUACCAUUGUGGAAACCACCAGUCAAUAAUGGAACUGAUCUUUGGGACGCUACUCUACGUAAUGGUGGUCAACCUCAACCACCACAACAGGCUAAAACCCCAUGGGGCCACACCCCAUCAACAAACAUUGGUGGUACUUGGGGUGAAGAUGACGAAGUUGUUGAUUCAUCCAACAUGUGGACUGGUACUCCAGCACCAACUCAACCCAAUACCGCUCAGUGGCCUGGCGCAACAAGUAAUCAAACUGGAUCCAGCUGGGGAGAUCCACGAAUUGAUUCACGAGACCCUCGUGAUUUACGCUCAGUAGAUCCACGUGAAAUGCGUGAUCCUCGUGAUCAUCGCAUGUCUCUUGAUCCACGUGAACAUAUCCGUGUUCUAGAUCCUAUGACACGCGAUCCACGUAUGACUGAUAUGCGUGGAGAUCCUCGAGGUAUUUCAGGACGUUUGAAUGGAGCUAGUGCAGAUGCUAUGUGGGGACCACCAGGUCCACCUCAUCAUCAAAUGAGUCAUCAACAUCCAUCUGGGCCACCAACUAAAAUGCUCAAUCCAUCAAGCAUGAAUCAGUGGAGUGCACCACCACCUAAAGAAAUGAUGCCUGGUAAACAAACAGGCUGGGAAGAACCUUCUCCACCAGCUCAACGAAGAAAUGUACCCAAUUACGAUGAUGGCACUAGUUUAUGGGGUAAUCCAACCGCUAAUCAACGUGCAAUGCCAAGCGGUAAAGUAUCACACUGGAAAGAUAUACCAGCAAAUAAUUUAGGACGCGGUGGAAUGCAAUGUCCACCUGGAAUGCCACAAAAUCGAAUGCCUGGACAACCAACUAUGAAACCUGAUGUAGGUGGACCAAUGUGGGGACACCCAAGUGGUCCAGGUGGUCGCAAUGGUUCUUGGGGUGAAGGACCACAUGAAGGAACUAAUUGGGAUGACCCUAAAACUCCGGGAUCUUGGAAUGAGCCUCCAUUGAAUCCUGCAUCUUGGGCUGGACCUUCAGCUCAUAAACCAAAAGCCAUGGGACCAUCGAGUAGCUGGGGUGAAGCUGAUAUGGAGCCAGGACCAAGCUGGCCCAAUCCGACGAAACCAGCACUUACCAAAGAAGUUAUUUGGAACAGCAGAGAGUUUCGCUAUCUUUGUGACUUGGGCUAUAAGAAGGAAGAUGUGGAAACAGCCUUACGAAAUCGUGAAAUGAACAAAGAUGAAGCUCAAGAAUUAUUGAGCCAAUUACGAGGUUUGGAUCAAUGGCGUAGACACGAAGCUCCAUCCGGUUAUGAUCCAACAAGUCAACAAAUGUCAUCAGCAUAUCCCAAGUUUAGUCAUGUAGCUCAACAAAUGUCUUUCCCACCGGGGGCUGGAGUGCCUAGCGGUGCGGCAACCGGCAGCGUAAGUGGUUCGGUGGCCAGUGCAAGUCUCUUGAAGCUCCAACAACAGCAACAGCAACAACAAACAGCAGUUCCAAUGCAGCAACAGCCAAACGCCAAUCCGCCGCAACCGCCUUUUAACCAGGCGUCGAGAACACCUCAAAAUCCACCGAGUGCACAGCAAUUACGGAUGUUGGUACAACAAAUACAGCUUGCCGUCCAGGAAGGCUAUCUCAAUCAACAGAUUCUCAAUCAACCGUUGGCUCCAUCAACUUUGUUCCUACUUAACCAAUUAUUGCAGCAAAUCAAAGUACUCCAACAGCUCCAUCAACAGCAUUCAGUGCAAAGUUCACUCAAGGGAAACGGCCAACAUGUUUUGCAAAUUAGUGUUCAAAUCACCAAGACGAAGCAACAGAUUGCUAAUCUUCAAAACCAAAUAGCUGUUCAACAAGCCACUUAUAUGAAGCAACAACAGCACCCAGCUGCUCCAUCACAGUCUUCAGAUUAUUACAAGACAUCAGUUCAUGAUCCAAUGUCAGCUCUUCAAAACAGCUUUAGUGAUUUAACAAUGAACAAAGAGCCUCCAGUGGUCUUUGAUAAUUCACAGAGCCAACAACAGUCAAGAUUGAAUCAAUGGAAAUUGCCCUCGCUUGACAAAGACAGUGAUAUGGGUGGUAAUGAAUUUUCACGUGCACCAGGUUCUACUAGUAAACCACCACCAACACCUGGUAGCUUAAGUCAUUCUCACAGCAGUCCUAAUAUGAAUCCAUUACUAGGACAAAGCGAUGGUACCUGGUCAACAAGACUUGGAGACAGUGGAUGGCCAGAUGCUGGUAAUAAUGAUGCAACUGAUGGCAAAGAUUGGCAACCACCAAAUCCUGCCUUUACUGAUUUAGUUCCAGAAUUUGAACCUGGCAAGCCAUGGAAGGGUACACAGAUGAAGAAUAUAGAAGAUGACCCCAGUAUUACGCCAGGUUCAGUAGUAAGAUCUCUUUCUCUUGCUGCCAUCAAAGAUCCAGAUGCAAUAUUCUCAUCUAGUUCAAAGACUUCACCACCACCAGCACAGAAUGUUGAUGCUACUACCAUUCCUAGUCUCAGUAGUUCCACGUGGAGUUUCAAUCCUCCUGCCACUACACCUAGCACGUUCGCCAGGUUUGUGCUUUUAAUAAUUAUCAGUAUUAUUUAUUUUAUAUGUAAAAAUGAUUAUUUAUUUGAUUAUUUUAGCUCUAAGAAUACUUGGACGGAUUCCGCACCACCACCAACAGCCGUUACAUCUGAGUUGUGGGGUGCUCCAAUUAAUAAAGCUCGUCAGGGACCACCACCAGGAUUAAGUAGCAAGGGUGCUGUUGGUAAUACCAGCAAUGGCUGGACAGGACUUGGAGUUAGUAGUAGACCUUCUAAUUCUAAUUGGUUAACACUCCACUCUGCGGCUAGUAACAAUUCCGGUUGGCUUGUUGCUGGAACUUGGCUCUUAUUGAAAAAUCUCACGCCACAAAUUGAUGGUUCAACUUUAAAGACUCUCUGCAUGCAACAUGGACCUGUCCAAGAUUUUCGCCUGUACCUGAAUCAUGGAAUUGCUUUCACAAAAUACUCAUCACGAGACGAAGCUAACAAGGCUCAAUUAGCUUUGAAUAAUUGUGUUCUUGGCAACACGACGAUAUUCGCAGAAUCUCCAACUGAUAGUGAAGUGCAUACUCUUCUUCAGCAAUUGAGUCACGGUGGUCAACAACAAACAGGAGCUUCCGGCGGUAAUGGCUGGGGAUUAAGACCAUCCAACAAAGCCGGACCACCACCUGAUACUUGGGGAGGCAGUUCAAGUCAACUAUGGAGCGCUCCUUUACCCAGCAGCAACUCACUUUGGAGUAAUUCCGGUCUCGAUAGCGGCGAUGCUCAAAGAACUACACCGAGUUCUCUGAACUCUUAUUUGCCUGAAAAUCUAUUGGGAGGUGAGUCGAUGUAGAGGGUGUGACGAUGCACGCUCAAAUACACGACAUGUGACGAAUAAGAUCUGCUACUACAACAGGGAUCUAAAUCAACGCUUAAAACUUGUCAAUCAACGCCAGCUACAUUUAAUACCCAAUCUCUUCCCGGUUUGUUUGACACUUUUUACAUGAUAUUUGUCUACUUAUCGAAUCAAUUCAACGAUAAAUUAAUUAGGCAUAUACAACUCAAUAAUAUACGGCAGUGCGGCAUCUGAACGAUCGAUGCAGAUAUGUGUGUGUUGACUUGUCGUCAGCAAUAUCUUCUUGAAAUGUCAAUUACAUAAAAGACAAUGAUGCUAUUAUCGGAAUGAGUUACUUAAAGAAAAAUAUAUAUUCUCGAGUCCGGUUCUCUCGGGUGACAAAGAAAGGUCAUAAAGAAUUUAAAGAACAGCCAAACGAUCUUACUGCGAUAAAACAAAUAAUUAAAUAAAAUAAUAAUUAAAAAAUAAAAAAAGCAAACAAUCAUACAAGUAAAUAUGAAAUAUUUACAAUCCGAUCGAUUUUUCGGAGACCAUUGAAUCAGGGAUUUAAUCAUUUAUAUCCAAUUCAAGGCUCUCUUCUACGUUUAGAAGUAGAUGAUGUUAAAUAAGCCAUCAAGUUUUUUUUUUUAUUUUUUUAUUUCUUCAAUAGAAAUCACGAAAUUUCAAUUACAACUUCAUCAUUAUUACCUCAAUCAUGAUACUACGCACAAUCGCUGUUGUAUAUUUAAUUAUACAACUGCGAUAAAUAUAUAUAAAUAUUCAAAUGAAUAAAAUAAAUUAUUAAUCAGUAUAAUGCAAGUGGUAAAUGUAUUUCGUACUUUCUAUUGAAAGCAAAGACAAACCCAAGGCCAAAGGUCUCUGAUCGUUUCGGGGAGUGUUCCAUUUUUUGCUGGACAGUUCGAAGACUGCAGCGAGUAUCAAACUUAGACUGUAUCAAUCUAAUCAAA